AUGUAUCAAAAAUAUUGACACCGGAAACUAGCCUUCCUCCAUCGCUAGUUUGGGGAAAAAUUCGACAAAAACACGGGGUUUAGAGCGUUUAUUCCAAUUAAUUAAGCCAAAUUAAGGCAAUAAUGGCAACACUUAACAUCAUUAGAGCGUGUUCAACACCAGUGUUGAGGAAUUCUUUAAAGAAGCUUUUAAUCGGCAGAGAACCCUUCAUUCUCUCACAUGCGGGAUCAAACAAUGUGUGCAAGCGAGCCAGUCCCAUAGUCACAUUCCAGAGGUUCUACGCAGUGGCCACAGAAAAGAAGGUCUUCCAGAGAGACAAGCCGCAUUGCAAUGUUGGCACAAUCGGACACGUUGACCACGGCAAGACCACCCUGACUGCCGCCAUCACUAGGGUCCUCUCGGACAAAGAAUUGGCAAAGGCUAAGGCGUACGCAGAUAUUGACAAUGCGCCUGAAGAGAAGGCUCGAGGAAUCACCAUCAAUGUGGCGCACAUCGAAUACUCAACCGACAAAAGGCAUUACGGACACACGGAUUGUCCUGGACACGCUGACUACAUUAAGAACAUGAUCACCGGUACCUCUCAAAUGGACGGCGCCAUCCUUGUCGUGGCAGCCACUGAUGGCGCCAUGCCUCAGACCAGGGAGCACUUGCUUUUGGCGAAACAAAUCGGAAUCAACCACAUGGUUGUGUUUAUUAACAAAGUGGAUGCUGCUGACCAGGAGAUGGUGGAGCUGGUCGAGAUGGAAAUUCGAGAGCUGUUGACUGAAAUGGGCUAUGACGGUGAAAAUGUGCCCAUCAUUACGGGCUCCGCAUUGUGCGCCCUGGAAGGAAAGAAUCCCGAAAUUGGCUCUGAGGCUGUGAUGAAGUUGUUGGAAUCUAUUGAUGAAUCGAUUCCCACACCUGUUCGAGACCUGGAUAAACCCUUUAUGAUGCCAGUCGAAAGUGUCUACUCAAUUCCUGGCCGAGGCACAGUGGUGAGCGGCAGACUCGAAAGGGGUGUUCUGAAGAAGGGUAUGGAAGCCGAGUUUGUUGGACACAAUAAAGUCAUCAAGUCAACCGUCACCGGAGUGGAAAUGUUCCAUCAAAUUUUGGAGGAGGCCCAUGCUGGCGAUCAAGUUGGAGCGCUCGUACGUGGUGUGAAGAGAGAGGAUGUCAAGAGAGGAAUGAUUCUCGCCAAACCUGGCACCAUGAAGGCCGCUGACAAUGUUGAAGGACAGGUUUAUGUUUUGACAAAGGAGGAGGGUGGACGCUCCAGACCAUUCAUGUCCUUCCAUCAGGUGCAGAUGUACUCCAAGACGUGGGACAUGCCUAUUCGUGUGCAGAUCCCUGAUAAGGAAAUGGUCAUGCCUGGAGAAGAUUCAAAGCUUAUAAUGCAACUGUUCAAGCCCAUGGUGCUGGAACAGGGCCAGCGUUUCACCCUUCGCGACGGAUCAACCACCCUGGGAACUGGAGUUAUUACGAAGGUUCUGCCAAAACUUAGCGAGCCUGAAAGGCUUUUGUUGACUGAAGGAAAGAAGGCGAGAGAAAAGUACCUUGCGGCGCAGAAGGAAAAGAAGUAGACGAGAGAGAGAGAGAAGCAUUUUCGCAUUAACCCAGCAGAAGUUAAGUGGUGAAUAAUCCAAUUAUCUCAAUGUAAGCAAAAAAUUAUUUCACAAACGCUCGCAAUGUGCACUAUUUGCACAGGAAAUUUGCCUUCAUUGAAAAUGUUGUUAAUUUGAGGAACCAGAAUUUUUUUUAACUAAAUCGUCAAAUAUUGAAAUGUGCGUUUCUAGCGUAGUUAAAUAAAACCAAAAAAUUACAAAACAGA